UGCAGCCCCACCCCUGCUUCUCUUCUGCCCGACUCCCUCAGGAUAUUUUUAGCGCUGCUGAUGUGCCCUGUCAAAUCACGUAACGGAAACAACCUCAGUGCUAAAGAAGCAGAGCUGCUGUGGAGAGACCACUCUGCUGAAUUUGUAUUGUGAUCCGCAGGGGAAGGCCGCGAAGGAGAUGACAUCCGGAAUAAAUUUGGCGUUUUGCGUGUUGGUGGUGCUUACCGGCUCUUCGCAGACAAGAGGUCAGAGCAGUGCUUUGCCUCCUGUCCUCACCCUGGCUGCCCUCCAUCAUCAUGCUGGAAGAUCAGCAUCUCCUGACUUGAGGUCAACGCACUUGUUGACCUCAAGCUCUGCAGUGGCUACAUCUCAACACACAAAUGUACCCGUCGUCAUGACUUCACCUUCAGCCCCACUUUCAGCUGCCACAGAUAGCCUUUCUUCUGCACCGACUGUACAGAGCACCACCCCCCUGCUGCACAUCGCAACCACAGAUAGCCGAGCUUUUCUGACCACAGAUCCCUUCACAACCUUUUCAUCUCAGUCAGCCCGCACAGUGCAGGAUGCAAGCUCCACAGCCCACGCCUCCACCAUCCAGCCACAGUCUGAAUCACUAACCUCAGCCACCACACAGCCGACAACCACAGGACGCCCUUUGACCUCAGUUCCACGCCAGGGUCCUGCUGGCCCAACACACCGGGAAGUCCCAUCUGAGCUUAAUGUUGGAGAUGAAGAACUCCAGGGGCCCAGCUACCGCUCAAGCUCCCCUUUAGACCCCCUGCUGGCCGGUCUGCUGUCAGUGUUCAUUGCCACCACUGCUAUUGUCUUCAUCAUCCUCUUCCUCAAGUUCCGCCAGCGAACAAAUCACCCAGAAUUCCAUCGGCUGCAGGAUCUACCCAUGGAUGAUUUGAUGGAGGACACGCCACUCUCCAGAUACACCUACUAACGGAAGCAUCCCGUCAUCCCCUUCCACUACUUACAGAGAACAGAAAGCAAAGCAGACACCAAAGGAAGACCAGUGUGGAUCUGAAGAAAAGCUUUGUCUGGAUGCAGUUGCAUCUCUGCAGACAAGUUUUUAGUCAGUGAUAAUAUGUAUCUGCGUUUCCAUGAGACGGAUCCAUAAAGUCUCUUAAAUAGGAGGUUUCAGAACUACUUUUUCCACAUUCCCUGACAUUUUCAGUCCAGUGUAAACUCUUUGAGUAUAUAGUGCCUCUGCACCAUGGAUGUAUUUUAUUGAGCUGCAC